AUGCAGUGCGAUGCCCCGCUCCGAUUGGCUCUCAACUAUGAUGGAGGCUGGGUGAGAGCAGAGGCGUCAUUUUACCUUUUUCUUGGGGGGUUGGGCAAGGUUGGUGACCGAAGUCCCACGUUGCUGACAACACCAAGGACUGAAUGUUGUGGUUCAUGGGUUUCUGGUGUCUUUAUAUCCACAUUUUUCGACAUCCGACUCGUUCCAAUGAUAUCUUCCCUUAUCGAGAAUAUUAUCAGUGUUAUCUUUCUUGUCUCAAAAUGUUUCUGGUACUGCUGCCAGUUCGUGUACAUCCCCGCACCGGGAACUUUACCUUGUAAAACCUCUACAAAGGCUCAGCGGAAGCAAGGGUAUCUGGUGGGCGCAAUGGAAGAGAACUCAGAGGACCGAGGGCAGAGCAGCAACCAGGAGGCAGCAUCGACAUCUUGGCGAAGAAACGUGCUGCCCGGCGAAAGAUCUCGGAAUGCGGAUGAAUCUCCAGACGAUCCAGAUAACAGCGAUGAAGAGAUUCCGGCGGGGAUUCAGUGCGCCGUGUGCUUGCGAAAGUACAAUACACUUGAACGGCGACCUACGAUUCUAACCCACUGUGGUCACACCUUCUGUAGGAAAUGCUUGGAGACCGAAGACAGCCUAGGCUUCUUUAAAUGCCCAACCUGCCGUCAACAAGACGACAGGUUCUGGCGUCUGCCAACCAACUACGCUGUCAUGAGUCUCCUGGAGAUGCACUUGGCCAAGGGAGCGAAGAAGCGGGAAGAGAAAAAGGAAGCAGACAAGAGCAACGAAAGUUCGGAUCUCCCUUCGCCCUACGUCCCGCGGCCCCCCGUGAGGAACAGCGCGUUAGCGGAGAACACACAAGCAGAGAGAAGCAAACGAACUGAAUCGUAUACGCAGAGACAGGAAUACCGCCGAUAUGGAAGCUAUGGCUUGGAUUUAGACUCGGCCAAGGACCGUUCCCUCCGCGGCGAGUACCUACGGACGGCCACGGGGCUUCCGAAGCAGCGCCAGGAGGGCCUGGACGGGGCUCGACUUCGCGACUUCUCCGGCCGGCUUUCGACAGAUCGAUCCCGCAGCGAGUAUCGCCCUUGCGGAAGAUACCGAGACUUUAAAAACUUGGAGCCGCGGCAGGAGACCUACGCAGGAGCUCGACUUCGCCCCGACGUAUGGAGCAGUCGGCGCAGCCUUGAGCAUCGCCGGUAUGGAGAAUACGAAGACGAGCUGAGCAAAGAUUCAAACGAAGACAUUGCCCCCUAUGCCUACACACGAAACGCUACGACCAGGAGCAACAGGUUUCUCCUCACCGGCACUGAGAGGGCGAAGCUGCGUCUGGAAGGAAAGGGACGAACUCCUUCACUCACAAGCCGGAGGGCGGAUUUGUUAAGCUCUGAAGACUCUUCUGACGACGGACUCUUGGGCGCCUGUGGUGGGACUACUAGACAUAACCGGCGGAAAGGUCUUUCCAGCGACGAAAGCUUGGACCUCUCAGAGGAUCUUCCUCUUUCCAAAGGGAAGUGGCGCAAGGAAGCGGAAAAAGAGGGGGGCUUGAGGAAAAGGUUUCAGUGGCACGAUCAGUAUGGGUGGAUGCACCUACUGCUGGUCGGGCCAGGGCGAUGGUCAUCAUCUCCAGGGAGUAACCAUAGCCACCUCCAGCCGACUUCAGUAGUGGUCGGUAGUAGAGCUGUACCAGGUAGACCCUCCAGCAGUUAUUCUGGAAGCGCAAGUGGUAUCACAGUACCUGUGCUGGACCCACUCAUCAGCGAGAAACCUCCUACCCUAAUUGAGGGGAAAGGGAGUCAAUAUGACUGUAGUUGCUACAGUAUACCAGGCAAGGACUUCGCCCACAUCCUUCUGAAAUGGAUUCGUGACCACCUACUAAGGCACCAGAGACUGGAGCAGUCUGAAUUUACUCCUGGCAAGUCUACAAUACACUGUAUCCUAGAGUUUCGAGUCAUUAUGGAGUUCGGUUGUGGGCUGUUUGCAGCCUACAUCGACCUCAAAAAUGCGUUUGACUCUUUGCAUCGUAAAACUAUAUGGAAGAUCCUGAGACUUAGGGGAAUUCCGACAUAG